AUGAAAUUCAUUGACGAGCUGGACAUCGAACUUGUGAACCAAACGCUUAACUUUGACACCAGCGAUUGCAGUGUAAAUGGUGGAUGCGAUAUUUUUACCACCAAGGCAGUAGCGUCUGAUAAGAAACUUUACAAGACUAUCGAUAGACACUUGGAUUCACUUCUGGUGGAAAAUGAGGGUUUCAACAGUGCUGUGCAGCAGCAACUUGCGCUGGAGAACUUGGAAACUGUGUCGUCCUCACCGUCAGAACAAGCACAACAUUUGUAUAACACACGUGGAGAGUCCGGAUCGCCAUCUUCUUCAUUUUGGGAACAAAAACGACGUAUUUCUGUGAGUGAAAACAACGGUGCGAAUGGCUCGUCUAAGACUCAUAAACUGAACGAUCAGAACCUGAAAGAUCUUGUCAAUGCUGAAUCAGGGUACGUAAGCUCUUCAUCCACGGAGUCUCAUUCCCGCCCAGCGGCAGCUAACGGUGGUCUGAGGCGUAGCAGUAGCUCCCAAAGUAUGGCCUUCGGCUCCAAUCUGCAAAGAAGAAGGUCUUCAACUCAUAAAGAAAGUGUUAAUAUCGGUCCGUUUGGACCGAUAAACGAAACCGCAAGCAGAAGAACUUUUGCCUACUUGAUAGCCAUUUUGAAUGCGUCUUAUCCGGAUCACGAUUUUGCGUCUUUAGAGCCUACCGAUUUUGUCAAGAGUUCCAUGAAGUCUUUGAUAUCUAAAUUUGAAAAUACUCUGAUUUCCUUUGGCAAGCAGCCUCAGGAGUGGAUAUGGGAAACCAUAAAUUCUCAUAUGGAUGUUUCAGACUGCGCCAUUUACCGCUAUAAGCCCUCAAAAUCCUUUUUAGAUGAUGAACCAGGGCAUUUGUGGAGUUUGAUGUGGUUCUUGUUCAAUAAGAAGAGAAAGAGAGUGGCAUACCUUUAUCUCAAUGUUUUCAGGUUGAAAAGUGCUUCCUCUGAAAAUAUUAUACGGCCGGGAGUCUCCGAGGAAUACGAGGAUGAUCAAGAGAAGGAACAAGCAGGCACACGGCGUAGGCGGAAACUGACGAUCGAUCAUGAAACCAAUGCCUUUGAAGGUGAAUAUGACCUAACGUGUAACUCAAACGAUGAAGUGGCUAUUGAGGAAGAAGAUGAGGCCAUGGAACAAUAA